AAUAAUUAAAAAUAAAGACUAAGAAAUUCAAAUUUUUUACUUUAGAUCAUAAAUUCAAAUUCUAGGUAGAAUUCACGUCAAUCACAUGGUUGCAUGUGUAUCCCACUCCAAAUAAUAUAUUGUUUAAAUUUUAUAUUAUUAGUAGUUAAUAGUGGAGAACACUUCUAGAUACUUUCAAUUUUUCAACCAAGAGACAAAAAGUAAAAUUAAGUUUAUUAAAGAAAGGGGGGCGGCUAGGAGAAUCUAUUGUGUGCAAUAUUAAAUUUGCUGUUGCACUUAGGAGAAUGUGGAAACCAUAAUGUUAUUUCAACCAAAUCCUAAAAUACUUAAAUCUAAAAAAAAUAGGGAAAGUGGCUCUAAAACAAUUUAUUAUUAGUUGCGAAUUCAAAAUUUUCAUUAAAAAUAUAAAAAGUUCUUAUUUCCAUAUAUUCAAAGAGAUUUGGAUGAACCUAAGGCAUCUAGCUCCUUACCUACCGUUACAUUAUUCAAAUUAAUCACCUUAUUUCCUCUUUCUACGAGCAUGUGUUCAACUUUUUCGUAUUAUUAUGUCCACUUGUUGUCAACUUUUAUGUUAUUUUUUCAUCCACUUGUUAUUAAGUACUUCCUAAAACAGUACCACUAUCCUAUUUUAUGUGCAUAAAUAGAACUACUAGCUUAAUUAUUUUGCAAAACACACAAGAUUUAUAGUAGCUAGAGAGAAGAACGAAUACGAUAGCAAAAAUGACUAGAGGGUAUGUGAUUCUCAUGUUUUUGAUGGCUGCAUUUGUACUCUGCAGCCAUCAGCAAGCGGUGGCGAAAAACAUCGCCACCUAUUCGCAGUCGCGCUUUAGCGCGACCACUAGUUGCAGCAAUAGUGAUAAGGGGAAAAUAAAGAAGUGCAUGACACAAACAGUUUCUAUAGAUAAAUGUUGCCCCUUAUUUAAGAGGACAAUUGGUGCUAAUUGUAAGUGUUACAAUUAUGCUGAGGAUUUGGAUAAUCAAGCUUUAAUUACUCUCCAGAGCUAUUGUGAUAUCAAUAAUCCAUGUAAAACUGUUCAAAAAGUGGUAGCUGAUAGGAGCAGGACUGGCACAGUGGAAGCAGUCGCCACCAUUUCUGCCAGUCCAAGCCCCCGGGUGCUCCCUCAGGCGCAGCCGAAAUGCAGUGCUGCUGAUAAAGCAAAGGUUAAAACUUGCAUGACGAAAACAAGUUCAAUAGAUGCAUGCUGCCCAACAUUCAGAAGCAUACUAGGCAAGAGCUGCCCUUGCUAUAAUUAUGCCAUGAAAUUAGACAAUCAAGCUUUGAUUACUCUUGAAGCUUAUUGUGAUGUUAACAAUCCUUGUAACAAAGUGCAAGUAAGUUCUCUUCUUUCACCAAAAGUACUUUUUUUCAAAAGCAUUUUCACUUAAGAUUUUAGAAGUUUGACCAAACAGACAGACAUAUCAUUUUUCCCUGUGCUUAUUUUUGCGCUUCCUCACCUACCACAAUGUACUUUAUGCAUUG